CCGUGCUUUUUGAGGAAUGAGGAUCAUAUUUUCACACACCUCACCUCACUCUUACGUCGCCCUGGUACUGAGAACAAAUGCUGCAACAAAUGCUGGUGAUAGCUUGAUCAGUUAGCUGUUGCUGAAAAUGGCAGAUCAGCAAGAUCACCUUCUGUACCUCAAUCCAGAGCCUAUUCGAUUUGAAGCUGUCAACAAAGUGACAGCAGUCUUUUUUGAUGAAGCAAACAAACAGAUAUUCUCGGUGCGCUCGGGCGGCGCCACGGGCGUGGUGGUGAAGAGUCUGGACCCCGCCAGGAACACCAGUUUCCGCAUGGAGGACCGCGGCCCGGUCAUCUCCAUCAAAUACUCGCCGGACAUGAAGGUGCUGGCCAUCCAAAGGGCCAAAACGUCCGUGGAGUUUGUGAACCGCGACUCGGAGGCCGAGUACUCGCAGAGCUGCCGCAGCAAGAGCGCCACGAUCGUGGACUUUUUCUGGGUGGCCGACUCAGAAGUGGUGUACGUCACCGACCGCGGCGUCGAGCACUACCAGGUGGUGCCGUCGCGGCGGCAGCUGAAGUCGCUGAAGACGUGCAGCUUGUCGUCCAACUGGUGUGUGUUCUCCGCGGAACUGUCCUACCUGCUGGUGUCCACCGGCGCGCUCGGCAAUACGCUGCAGCCGUUCGCGUUCCGGGCCGCCGGCACCAUGACCAAGUUGGCCAAAUUCGACGUGGAGCUGCUGGAGGCGCCGCGGCCGGCGCGCCUGGCGCUCCACUGCCACGAUGUCACCGUGUGCAGUCUGCACGGCCAGCUGACGGUGCUGGCGCUACUGCACGCGCCGCCCGGCUCGGCCGCAGACGCCGCCGGUCAACCCGCAGAGAUCCGCGUCCACCAGGCCAACAAAGACGGCAGCAUUUCGCGUACGAGCACCCUGCAGCUGAACGCACGGGGCAAUUUCGCCAUAUCGAUCAUAGACAACCUUGUCAUCGUGCACCACCAGGAGUCCAAGACCUCCCAGGUGUUCGACAUCACGCUGCCGCCCGCCGGAGACGCCGCCGGCGUGGCGGCCCCGCUGCAGCGCCCGGUGGCGCCGCCGGCCGCCAUCCGACCGUUCCACCUGCGGCUGAGCGCCGGCGCCGCCGCGCUGGAUGCCGACGAGCCUGCGCAGCUCGCCUGCGAGCUCUACGCGGCCACCUGGGUGGUGUUCCAGCCCAACAUCAUCAUCGACGCCAAGCUGGGCUGUUUCUGGACGCUGGAGCUGUGCGCGGCGGCGAUCCCCGGCGCGCUGCCGGACCCGGUGGCGGCGGCGCGGCUGUUACUGGCGCGCGCCGCCGGCCGGCCCGUGCUGCUGCGCCUGCUGCGCCGGCUGCUGCUGCGCCAGACGGAGCGCGCCCGGCUGGCGGACGUGGGCGGCGUGCUGGACCUACUGAACGAGCAGACCCGGCGGCAGCAGGAGCACACCGUCAGCUCGCAGAUGGGCUCGCCGGUCUCGGCGCUGGGCACCUCGCCGCCGGUGGCGCCCACAGAGCCGGCGCCGUUUGUCAUCACCCAGUCGGACCUGCACUCGGAGGUGCUUUGCGACCUGGUCAGCCAGCAGAUGGGCAGUCGCGCCGACCAGCGCUGGGUCACCGGCGUCCUGGUCGAGUGUGUCAGGUCGCUGACGCAGCACGGUGUGUCGGUGGAACACUUUCUGUACGAGAUGCUGAUCAACACGCUGGUGCUGCGCGGCUGCUUCUAUCAGCUCCAGCAGCUACUGCAGUACCACGCCGUCGACGACAGCAAGCCGCUCGCCUGCCUGCUGCUCUCACUGCAGAGCGUGUACCCGGCGGCGGAGCAGAUGGCCCUGGACAUGCUGAAGCGGCUCGGAAACGCCAACGAAGAGAUCAUCGAGGUCAUGCUGGCCAGGAACGACGUCACGGCCGCCCUCAGGUACGCCAGGGCUAAUGAGAUGGUGUCCGGUCUGUCGGCGCGGAAAAUUCUGGACGUGGCCAUGAACUCAGGCGACCCGGACCUCUUCUACACCACGUUCAAGUUCUUCGAGGAGAGGAACUACCGGACCAAGGGGAAGGUGGACUUUGCGCCUGGCGAACACUGCGAACUGUACGUGCGCCACUUUAACCAGCUGUUCGGCGUCACCUCGAGCCUGCGAGACGCGCUCGAGGCCGGCCAGCGGCGCGACGAGGGCGUCCUCUGACAGCGGAUGGCCGAGAGCGGCCUCCUCUGAGCGGCCGCUCUGCCAGAGGCUGUACCGCGGGGCUGCGGCUGUACCCCGGCGGGCCCAGUCAGACGGCAGCUGCCGCGGUACAGCGGGUACUCGGACCCAGUACAAGGAGGGAGCCGUGGGCACGCUGGUGUGCCUCUGCUGUGGGGAACCGAGUCCAGUGCCUCGUUCCAUAAAGCGAGUCCGUAACUUACGCCGGUUUUUGGUCUUGUAUUGCAAGUGCAUGUGAAGCGAUAAAUUUAUUUCCCCUUCUCCCUUCUGUUCUUGCUUACAAGAUAAAUAAAUUCAACGAUUUAAACUAACGCCAUCGCUUCACAUGCACUUGCAAUACAAGCCCAAAAACCGGCGUAAGUUACGGACUCGCUUUAUGAAACGAGGCCCUGGGCGGCCCCUGGCCAUCGUCCGGCGCGGCGCGGAUAGCGUUAUUGACGACAUUCCCCUAAAAUUGUUACCGUACUCUGGGCGGCGGUGCUAACUCAAUUAACUUAUCGGGAUAGCCACAUUCCAGUUCGGGUUCGAGCCUAAGUGACCCCACCCUUGGGAUCGAACCCGCUGAAGAGGAUGUUACAGUCCUUCGUGGCUUUGAUUAUUAUACACUGGGUAAUGUGUUGAGGUGUUAUAUUAUCUGUAUGUAUUGCCAGACUCGCGUGCCUAUAUUGUGACGACCCGCGCGUGUACCCUCGGGCUUUCAUUGAGGUGACGCUUUGUGUCCUGGCUCGCCCACCGCGGCUGAUGCCAAUGAGGCGCGUGUCAUCAAUAUAUUUGCCAACUGACGUGAUUUUAG